UAGUCACAUCAAUUUGCAAACAGUUUGCAAGAAAACAUCAGGAACAGUUUGCAAGAUGGGCGAUUUUGUCAAUUCCAAAGACAUAGACAAAAAGUACUAUCGGCUCUUUUUGAAAGGUUUAGCGUACUACACGUGCCACCUGAACAAAGCAUGCACCCUAGGUGAUCUACAGGCCUACGUUUUUAUGAAGAAUUUACAGCAACUGUCCGAAGCAGACUUAACAUUUCUAUCGCAAGAAGUAAUGGGACAGCUGGUUGCGACAGGCAUAGCAUACAAUCAGAAUGGAUAUUACAGGUUGAAUGAAUUGCUACGAUUUGCAAACGGUUCAUCAUCGAAACAACCGGAAACCAUCCAUCAUUCACCCGAUACGGAACUGAGCAGUGGAUCCGGUUUGCGAAAGAAGGUUAAUUUUCAUAACAACGUUACAAUGUGGCCUACCGAUACGUUGGAUGGUGCUUUGAGCAAUCCGACACCGUAUCUUAGUGAAUCGGGUUCUACCAACAAAACUGACGCGGAUAAUCAAUCCGACAGUGAUGAGGAUGACGACGAUAAUGAUGGAGAGAGAGCAGAAACAAAUCCGAGCGCAUCCCAAGGUAAACCUGAACCAGAAGCAAAAAAAGAUUCUGAAUCAAACAGUUCGUUAGUCACGUUAGACGAUACAGACGACGAAGAUUCAAACACUUCGCACAAAGCAGAGAAGCAAGAACCGGAUAAGGAACAAAACAACACGGAAAGCGAAGACGACAAUCCAAAGAAGGAAUGAAAAAUGGGAAUUCAAUUAAAGAAAAUGUAACAUAAAUUCUAAGUAAAGCUUUCCUAAUUACGAUUAUCUA